AGCAGCGCAAUACAGUGCCAAGCGUCACGGAGGGAUAUUUUAAUGGCCGUCAGUAGUACUUCAACAUGGAAAAACUCGGGAUUAUUCUUCAUCUUUGAAAUGGUGUAGCUUCGUUUGCAUUUGAUCAGAUCUUCGUUUGUAUCCCGCAAUGCUAUAGAGGAACAUUUAGGUCAGAGAUGUGUUUCUAGUGUUUUUUUCUGCAGCAGUGGACGGACUUUACCCGCUUGAUUUGUGCGUGAGUAGCUGAUCAGGCCUAACCGGCUGGUUAGGAGACAAGCAGACGGUUAGCUUGAGUUGAAAGAGAAUAUGUAACAUACAGCAACAAAAUGACAUCCAGAUUCGGUAAAACAUACAAUCGCAAGGGAGGGGAGGCAAAUUCAAAGUUUGAGGAAGUGUUCUCUAAUAAAAAGCCCACCCUGACCACCAAAUGGGGGGAGACCACCUACAAGGCACAGCUGGGAAGCAAAAAGCCUUCCUUAAAACCUGGUGGACCUGAGGUUUCCAAGAGGCCCAGGCUUGAGGACAGUGACAGUGAAGACCCAUUUGGGUUCGACAGUGAUGAAGAGUCCAAAGCUGUAACCUCUGAUAAUGUUUCUGAGUUGAAAAUGCCAGAGGAGGAUGUACCGAAACCGGUUACAGCGCAGGGCAGAGUGACUGCCACUGUUGUGACACCUGCACAGGGCUCUGCAAGUAUAACAGCAACAUUUACAAAUAAACAGACAUCAGCGAAUGAUUUUAAAAACAACCAGCCGUGGUACAAAAGUGCAUUGGCCGGCAACCAAAAACCUGUAUAUGUGACCUAUGUCUCAGAGACAGUCCUCUUUGAUAAUGAAAACUUGUCAUUAUUCCAGACGCCCGUUUCCUCCUCCUCUAAUUUAGAACACACCCUGUCAGCAAAUGUACCUGGAGGAAUGCAAAACAUUCAACCUGCAUGCUCUUAUGAUGGAUCCCUGUCGGAGGAAAUGAAGAGUGCGGACCAGGAGCUUUCCACAGAGCCCCCGCCAGAACCAGUGGACAACAUUCCCCCUUCGCCAUUUACCUUAAGGGCCUCAAACUGCAAGAAAUACCAACGACCCUACCAGUCUAAUAAAACACUAACUGAAACUGGCGAGAGCAACAGUGACAAGCCCAUUGACCCUGCCCAAGAUAAAUCCAACAGUGUCCUUUCUGCUAGUGCAAGUAGUACUGCUGCCAGUGCUAAAACAGCAACCAGGCCCGCAGGCAGGGGUGGUGGGAGGGUGAGGGACUACACGGUUCUACACCCUUCCUGUCUGUCAGUCUGCAAUGUCACUAUCCAGGACUCAAUGGAGCGAAGCAUAGAUGAACUCGUGGCACAGCCUACCCCUGCUGACCUGGGAGAAGCGGGUCAGAUGAAGAAGAAGACGGACACGCAACCGCCUAAACCUACUCGGUUUAGGCCUGCUCAGACAAAGACGAAGAAGACUAAGGCGGAGACGAAGCUGGAGUUCUUUGGGUUUGAGGACAAAGACGGCGAAGGGGAAGAUGCGAGUUCAGAGGGGGCUAUGGCAGGCAAAAGUAGCUACAAGAUCAAGUAUUUUGGCUUUGAUGACCUUAGUGAGAGUGACAGCGAUGAUGAGAACUCUCAGGCCAAAGAGAAAAAGGCCAAAAGGGCGGCCGCAGCCUUAGCUGCUCUGAGCUCCAGCGUUGACAGUCCCCAUACCAGUGACUCUCAGGACAGUCAAGCCAGCAGCAAUACAGAUACUUUUGACUUCUGUGAUGAUUCCAGUCCUGGUGUCACUGAGGGGCAAAAAGGGCGACCAGGGAAGCAAGGUGACAAAUCUAAGGACUCUGCCACUGGACUCAAAAAGAUUUUCAGUGGGCCCAAAAAGUCUCCAUCUAAAGCUGUGUACAAUGCUCGACACUGGAACCAUCCUGAAUACGAGGAGAUACCAGCGCCUCAGCUUUCUCGAUCUCCGACCUCUCCGGCCAUUUUACCAAGCAGCAACAAGGACAAUAAUUCUCAUAAAGAUGAUGGCUUGUUCAAAGCCCCUCCACCGCCACCAAAAGUCAUCAAAUCGGAGACCAUCCCCACACGACCCAAUCAGGAGAUUGUCACAGCACUUAAAUGCAGGAAAGAAGACAAAGAGCUGUACACAGUGGUGCAGCAUGUGAAGCACUUCAAUGACGUGGUGGAGUUCGGAGAGAAUCAAGAGUUCACCGAUGACUUUGAGUACCUGGAGACGGGACUGAAGAGCAGUCAGCCACUUAACACAAGAUGCCUUAGUAUAAUCAGCUUGGCCACACGGUGCGCCAUGCCGAGUUUCAGGAUGCACCUACGGGCCAGAGGAAAAGUGGCUCAGGUCUUCAAAAUACUCAGUGAUGCUCCCCAGCAUCCGAACCUUGCUCUGUGCACGGCUGCCCUGAUGUACAUCCUGAGUAGGGAUCGUCUCAACAUGGAUCUGGACCGGGCAUGUCUGGAGCUAAUGAUCAAGCUGCUGGAGCUAGACCAGGACUACUCAGGCCACCAGGAUCAGCUCACUGCAAAAGAAGUGGAAAAGGUCAAGGAGAAGAUCAGAAAGCUCUGUGAGACUGUGCACAACAAGCAUCUGGACUUAGAAAACAUCACGACGGGCCAUCUUGCCAUGGAGGCGUUAUUAUCCCUGACCUCCAAGAGGGCGGGUGAUUGGUUCAAAGAAGAACUGCGGCUAUUAGGAGGCCUGGACCAUAUUGUGGAUAAAGUGAAAGAGUGUGUAGAGAACCUGAGCCAAGAGGAGGACAAGGAGAACCUUGUUGCAUCUCUGUGGGGAGCUGAGAGAUGUCUGAGAGUGCUUGAAAGUGUGACUGUGCAGAACCCAGAAAACCAGGGUUAUCUGAUUGCCUACAAAGACUCACAACUCAUCGUCUCUUCUGCCAGAGCUUUGCAGUACUGUGAAGAUAUGAUCCAGCGGUACAGCAGGGCCUUAAACAACAGCUCUUUAUCAUCGUCCGGUGUAACGCUGCCACACUGUAGCUUCAGCAACGUGGGCAAGGCAGUGGAGGACUGCAUGAGGGCUGUCAUAGGGGUGCUGCUCAACCUCACCCAUGAUAAUGAGUGGGGAAGCACUAAGACAGGCGAGCAGGAGCAGCUAAUAAUCACUGCUCUAAAUUGUGUCCUCCGAGUCCCACGCUACAUCCCACAGGAGCAGCGUUUUGACGUGCGAGUGUUGGGUUUGGGGCUGCUAAUUAACCUUGUGGAGUACAGCUCCAGAAACCGCCACUGUCUGGUCGACAUGGAGUUCAGUGUGGAUGACACGUGUUUGGAAGACAGCCUGAUGCAGCCUGCUGAUCCGACACAAGCGGAGACAGCAGCACAAUCAGCUGAGACUGAGGGGGACGAGGCUGACACGCCGAAGCCUGCUGGAGCUUUAGCGGCCCUGGUGAAGCUCUUCCUUGAGAGAGAGCGUGCUGCCAUCCUGGCUGAGGCGAAGACGGAUGACCUCAUCAGUGAGGCUCCUAAACCGGCCCUGGACCAAAGCGGAGAGUGGCAGGAAACGUCGGGAGAAAUCCAGUGGGUGGCAUCUGAAACAAACGACAGCCAAACUGAAAAGAAAGAGGAAGAGGAAGAAGAGUUGGACCUAAAUAAAGCUCUGCAGCAUGCAGGCAAACACAUGGAGGACAGCAUCGUUGCCUCCUACACAGCUCUGUUACUAGGCUGCCUCUGUCAGGGCAGCCAGAUAAAUGUGACUACUGUGAGACAGCACCUGCCUAAAGGGGAUUUCUCUAUAAUGACAGAAAUGCUGAAGAAGUUCCUGAGUUUCAUGAACCUCACGGUGAGUAUCACUGCGAAGAUAAUAUCGUUAUCGUGGCAACCCUAAUCGGAAUAACCAUACAACCCAGAUAACACGGUCUAAGAAAAAUGCUGGAUACCAUUUCUAAUACCGGUUCCGAUUUUCUUGAAGGCACAUGGUCCUUUCUGGAUAGGAACAACACAAUUAUGUUUACAAUAUGAUAAUAAUUAACUUCCUUUAUUUGGGCAAAACCAAUAAGUAGGUGGCAAUUCAGCCUUUAUUUAGAAAAUUUUAAGUGUCACUUCCCUGUUUGGCAAAACAGUAGACAAGAUACCACUUUUAAGAGUUAAUAUAUUGAAAUAUCGUUUCUUUUGACGACCCAAAUUCUGACAAAGCUAAGAUAAAUUAUGGAGACACGCAAGAACCUGAUCAGAGUCAAAAUGAUGAGAUGCUAACACAUCAAAUCAGACAUGGGCAAGUAUGAGAUACUCACAGAACGAUAACCUUGAGUAAAAAUACAGCAGUCUUAAAGUAUUAACACAAAAACUUAAAACAAAUGUAUAACAGGAUCUGGUUGCUUUUAUAUCUAACAGAAAUGCAAAUUUCCAUCUGUUUAAAUUUCAAAUCCAAAGUUGUACUGUUUAUUGUCGUUACAUGGUUUUUGUAACCUACAGAUAAUUAGACUUGAUUUUUAUUCAAGCAGCUAAAGGUUCAUUAUUUUUUUCUCUAAUGUCCACGAAGUUAUAAAAACUACAGGAAGAAAAAUUUUAAUUUGAGUCCUGGAAACUGUAGACUUUCUUAAAUUAAAAAUGUGUAGGAACAGCCGGGACGAAUUAGAUUUGUUUAACAGAUACACAGAAAGUUAAGGUAAUUAUAUGAGAAAUAUUGGCUUUUAAACUAAAUACGUUUAUUGUGCAGAAUAUUAUUCCUCCUUGCUCUACUGCCAGAAGUCUAACAAGCCCAUAUUAGUUGGUUAAUUAGUCAGGUACUUAGCAGACAAGCUCCCUCUAGCCUUUCUAAGUGUACUUAGAAACAGCAUUUGUUUAAUAAGAGGGAUUUAUUUUUCUACACAAUGACCUUCCACCAUGCAGAAACAGGUGGGGAAGGGGGAAGAUGGUAUUAUUUUACUCUGUACACCCAGAGAAAAACUCACCUCAGUCUGGCACUUUUUCUGGCAACUCAUAAUAAAUGAAAACUGUAUGAAAAUAUGAUAAAAAAUUAAACAUUUAUAUUCCUCUAAACCAGAAACUGGUCCAUGGCCAAAUUAAUACUUUUCUUGCUAAAAAGGAAAAAAACAAAAUCAUUUGCAAGCGAUAAGAUAAUAAAAAUGCAAAGAUUUUUAUUUAAAUGCCUUCAGUUGUUAAAUCAGUCCUUGACUUGGCUAGUUGAAAUGGGGAUAGAAAAACACAUUUAUUUGCACCAACUGCAUUAAAGCACAUUGUUGUGAAGUGUUUUUUUUGUUGUCCUCAGUUAAAAGUAAUUUCAGUCCCUCUUUUGAAAAAGGAAGGUCUUCAUGUUUCAUUUUCCAUGAAAAGGAAGAGAAGCGGCUGAGCUUCGUCUGCACAGAUAAAUGUACAACAGGCGGUCGGGUGUUCUUAUUUCAUUGGUGUCUCAGUUGAUUCCAGAGGCUGCAAAACCACCUCCACAGCCUCUAGUAGCUUUUAAGAACAGCUGCCAUUAUUAUACAAAAUGUGAUCCAUCUCCAAAGUUCUUAUCUCCAAGCUGCAAAUUUCAAGCAGUAAUAAAUUCAGAAUAUUAAUAUUAAUAUUUAUUGAGGAGUUUAUGGUCACAGAUCUGCAUUUUUUGCAGCGUUCCGACAGAACGGAUGCCUGGAAAAAUGUUUCAGUUUUCAUUUGAACAGAUGCUCAAACUAUAUACAGUGUAAUCUUUUCCUUUUAAUGCGCCUUUAAGACCCCACAACGCUUCUCACGCUUUUGUUUUCCUUCCCCUGUCUCCCCACAUAGUGUGCAAUGGGAACCACGGGACAGAAGUCCAUCUCACGGGUCAUCGACUACCUGGAGCACUGUUAACACACGAUGAACCAUAACAAACUCAGACUCUUCUGCACAUUUAAAGGGUUCAAGAUUCCCUGGGUCCCCUUCACAUCCAGAGGGGGCCAUUGAUGUCACACUCCCUUGACCUCAUUUGAACAUCCAUUGACGCAUACACCAACAAGUUGUGUGUAAACUUACAAAAACGAAAGUUUCUGUCCCUUUCUGGAGCACAGCCUGAACCAAAGCCCUGUUAGAUUAUAGACAUGUCGAUUGUUUUAUUUUUUUUCUCAUACGAGACACCACAUUUAAUGUCCAGGUUCAUUCUUGUUUGUGAAUUGCACAGAUUAUUUGCUAAAUAAUUCUGCAAGCUUUCUAAUAAGUGGGCUGUCAUUAGAAAUGGACUCAAGGUGGAUCUCCCCAUGCAUCAUCCCAAAAGGUUUGACAACAAUAAGCCACCGAGGAGGAGUCAUAUUCGCUGUCAGAUUCUGAUUUCUGGCCGUGCAGCUCAAGUGUUGGAAUCAGAUUUUAUGGAUCAUUACAUCUUAAUCUCUGCCUAUCCACAUCCAAGGCAAGGGUGAAAUAAUUGAUCAGCAGGGAAAUCAAUCAUCUUCAUGGACUUCAGAACGAUAUCUUUAUGUAAACCAGUGUGAAAUGAUUUUGAAUUCAAUCAUCCAUUCUUUUUCCCCCCAUUCAGAUUCACAGACUGAAUGUUUAAGGGAAAUAAUUUUUUAUUUUUUUUUGGUUUUUAUGUUUUCAAUUAUGUUUUUAAACAAAUUUAGCUGGUAAUGUAAUUAAGUUUUUCUUUACUCCUUCAGGAUAUUUUCUCCCAAAUUGAUUUCUGUUAACAGCUACCAGGUCCCUGUGACAGAGCAAUCAUGUCAGCAUGUCCUGUGUUUAACUGAGACUGACGGUAGGAAACGACGUGCCGUCAUAGGUUUUUAUUUCCUUGUCACCCAUAUUUGUUUAUAUUUUAAUUAAUUUAAAUGUCAACUAAUUCAGCAGUGUGGUUACUAUAUCCACUUAACUCAGCUAUAGCACAUAAUGAAAUAUUCCAAAUGAUUGUUUUUGUUUUGGUUUUAAUUGCAAUGAAAUAAUUUUAAGAAUUGUAUUUAAUUUAAAAGUUUUCUCUCCUUGUGUAAAUGCAAAGCCUUUACUGAGCUGGAUUAUGUUUUGUAUUAAUAUAAUCAUGUAACUGAUUUAGCAAAUUUAUAGUUUGUGGCCCAAGUUUUAACAAAAAAUAUACUUUUUGAUUAAGAAACUCUGAUUGGAUGUAGCGUCAUGCUUUUCCUUAGUCAUUAUCAUCAUGUGUCUGCUUUGGACGCCUCGUCCUGAGCUCAAAUUUAUUUAUUCUGCUUUGGUGUCAUUUCCCCUGUUUUGCCUACCCGAAACUUUGAAAAGCCUCUUGUCGUGUACUGCUCUCAUGUUCGAUCACUGAACCGAGUUACAGCCAUAAUUGUAUAAAUAUUGGUUUGAUCUGGUUUUUGUAGGGCGGUGGUGAGCAUAAAUUUGACUGUGUUUACUGUUAAUUGCUUUGCAAUAUCUUGUUCUAAAGGAGAUUUUAGAAUGUAAAUACUCGUGUACAUAUAGGUUACUGGACAUUUACGCAGACUUCUCUUUUUUUUUUUUGCCCCCUCCCUUCCUUUAAGCUAAUAUUUUAUACUAUAUUUCUGAGUUGUUUGGAAAAAAAAAUCGAUAAUUGCAAGAUAAAAAAAAAAUGUUUGUACCAGUUUUGAGAACGUAGUUUCUGGUUACAUGUACAUAGUUGUAUCUGAAAAUGGAACAAAAUUGCUACUUUCAGUA